AUGGCUUGGGCACUUAUUCUCACCGUCCUUUCCUCCGCCAUAACGGCCGUCGCCGCCUUCGCAUCGCCCCACAUCCCACCGAACGGCGAAUCGAUUAUUUCUCUCAAUCGCGGCAGUAAUAGUAGCACCGCCAUGUUUCUACCGCUGUACUUCAACAACCCUGACCAAGACCGCCGCCACAAGGAGGGAUUUUAUAACCGGCGCCAUCUCCGCGGCCGCAGCGCCCUAAGCGCCCGCAUGCCUCUCCAUGACGAUCUCCUUCUCAACGGGUAUUACACGGCUCGUCUGUGGAUCGGGACGCCGCCGCAGAGAUUUGCUCUGAUAGUGGAUACCGGCAGUACCGUGACUUACGUUCCAUGCUCCACUUGCAAACAGUGUGGCAAGCAUCAGGAUCCGAGGUUCAAACCAGAUUUGUCAAGCACUUACCACCCUGUCAAAUGCAACAUUGACUGUCCUUGUGAUAAUGCAAGAGAGCAAUGUGUUUAUGAAAGGCAAUAUGCGGAAAUGAGUUCAAGCAGUGGAGUAUUAGGUGAGGACAUUGUGUCUUUUGGAAACCAAAGUGAACUAGAGCCACAACGGGCUGUUUUUGGUUGUGAGAAUAUGGAAACAGGUGAUCUUUACAGUCAGCAUGCUGAUGGGAUAAUGGGUCUGGGUCGAGGAGAUCUUAGUAUUGUGGAUCAACUUGUUGAGAAAGGUGUUAUUACUGAUUCAUUUUCCUUGUGUUAUGGCGGCAUGGAUGUGGGUGGUGGGGCGAUGGUUCUUGGAGGAAUAUCACUUCCUGAUGAUAUGGUUUUUACCCGUUCAGACCCUGUGCGCAGUCCAUACUACAAUAUUGAGCUGAGGGAGAUACAUGUUGCUGGGAAGAUGCUGUCUCUUAGUCCCAGGAUUUUUGAUGGCAAACAUGGAACUGUUUUGGAUAGUGGCACAACAUACGCCUACUUUCCAGAGAUGGCAUUUAAAGCGUUCAAAGAUGCUAUAUUGAAGGAACUCCAUUCCCUCAAGAGAAUACAAGGUCCAGAUCCUAAUUACAAUGAUAUCUGUUUCUCAGGUGCUGGAAGUGAUGUUUCACAACUAUCGAAUGUCUUUCCGUCAGUUGAAAUGGUGUUUGACCAUGGACAGAAGCUCCUCUUGUCCCCUGAAAAUUACUUGUUCAGACAUUCAAAGGUGCAUGGUGCAUACUGCCUUGGAAUUUUUCAGAAUGGAAAAGAUCCAACCACUCUUCUGGGGGGUAUUAUUGUUCGGAAUACUCUUGUAACUUAUGACCGUGGACAUGAAAGUAUUGGUUUCUGGAAGACCAACUGCUCUGAAUUAUGGGAGAGACUUCACCUAUCCUCUGUCCCUCCACCACCACCACCUUUUGGCACAGAUGAGACGAACUCAACCAUGGCUGUGAGCCCUUCGCUGGCUCCUACUGAGCCUCCGCUGCAAAUAGCUCCAGGGGAAAUUAAAAUAGGUCUGAUAACAUUUUAUAUGUUGUUGACUGUGAAGUAUCCAGAGUUAAAGCCUCAUAUCUCAGAACUUGCUAAUGUUAUUGCAAAGGAGUUAGGAGUUAAUGCUUCUCAGGUCCAACUGAUGAAUGUCACUUCCACAGAAAACAAUACGCUAAUAAGAUGGGCUGUUCUCCCUGGAGCAUCUGUUGAAUUUAUCUCUAAUGCUACUGCCACAGAUAUCAUAUCCAGGUUGAAUGGAAAUAAUAUACAUCUUCCUGAUACCUUUGGAAGUUACAAACUGUUUGAAUGGAAAAUUGAACCACCACCAGAAAGGACUUGGUUGCAGCAACAUUACUUGGUUAUAGUUGGGGCAUCUGUUGUUGUGAUAGUUGCUGGAUUAUUGGCGUCUGGGGCAUGGGUCAUUUGGAGGAGAAAGAGAUCAGUGCUAGCAUACGAAACCAUUGAUUCUGCUGUAACCGAGCAAGAACUCCAUGUAGCCGAGCAAGAACUUCAGCCAUUACAGAACUAA